AGUCAACAAGGACAAAGGGAACGGAGAGCUGAGGGGUGAGAAACACCGAACCCAAGCGGCAAGCGAGCGAGCGGGAAAAAUAUGGAAAAGCGACCAAAAAGCGAUCUCUCGCCUCUCAAUUUCUCCAUUCUAAAUCCGACGUCGACGUCGUGCGACACCACCUCCGGCACCAUCAUCGCCACCCACGACUAGUUUUUCUUCUUUCUUCGUUGUUGAAGUGUUUAUUCUUUUUUGUUGUAUCUGUUGUUGUUUUUCUCUCUCUUUGCUUGUCUGCAGGAGAAACUAAAAGCAUGGCGUUUGGGGGCUUCUCGAUCCGAGAGUAUACCUUGAAGAUGAGAAGCAUUGACGUGACGAAGUGCUGGCCGUUCGGUGGAGAUGGAAAGGAGAAGACGGCGAAAGAAGAGAUGGAGAAACUGCUUCCGCCGUUAACGUAUAGGAAAUAUCGUUGGUGGUCGGACGAGCUUGAGUUGGUGAGAUCUAAGCAAGUUGCUGAGGGCAGCAGGAAGGUUCGAGAAGAAACCGAGAAACCGGUUUCCGGCGCUGAAAGCGGUUUUGUGUCGGAGAGACCGGAUUUGGGGGCUGGAAAAGCGGGUUGGGGAGCUGAGGAGGAGAAAUUGCUGAUGAUUUGUCCGGUUUGUCGUAGUUUUACUGCGGCGACGGUGAAUGCGGUGAACGCCCACAUCGAUAGUUGUCUUGCUCAGGCGUCGAGGGAAGAGCGUAGGCAGAUGAGAACGGCGGCUGCAGCUGCGGCGGCAGUGAAGUCGAAGACGAGAGCGCCGAAGAAGAGAUCUAUUGUGGAGAUCUUUGCCGUUGCCCCGCAGAUAAAAAAGGCGGAGGUUGAUGGCGAUGGAGAAGCGGAAGAGAUGUCUGAAGAGGAUUUGGAUUCUACGAAAUAUGUGGAAGCAUCGGAUACCGUUGUGAAGCGUAAGCGAAAGCACAAGUCAAGAGAGGAAGCAGUGGCUCUUGCGAGGAAGCUGAAGUUGAAGAAGAAGAAGAUGAAGAAAAAGAAGAUAAAGAAGACCAAGAAGAAUGACUCCGGAGCUAUUGAUCCAACGAAGAAGGCACGGCUGGCAUCGAAGAAGGUGAAAAUUAGCAAACUCAAAGUGUCAUCAGCAGUUGAUUUUUCUGGACAACGAAAAGUUCCAUUACACAAUAAGAGGUUGGAAAAGGAAAUCCAAGACACAGGUGUUAUCCGAAAAAAGAGACCAUCAAGCAUGAAAAGAUUAUAUUCACGAAAAGUUAUGCGAAUUCCCAAGCUAAUACCAGAACAACAGCAGAAUGAAGAAUCAACUUUUCCUGUUCAUAGUAUUCUGAAGAAUAGAACAACAGUCAUUUCCAGCCAGAAGCCCUCUUCUUUAGGCAUCAUACAAGGUGGGAAUCAAACAAAUCUUAGGCGCGGUCAACAAUCAUACAGGCAUGUCAGGUUUUCAGGUAAGGAUGACAUACUUGGACCAACAGAGAAUGGGUGUUCCUGCAUUGAGUUGCCUCAAGUGCAAAGCAUUGAAAAAGUAUUCCCUGAUGUUAUGGAUGCUCCAUCGUUAAGUGACAACUCUUUGGAAAACGAUAAAGAAUUACCCUCUGAAAUUGAGGCUCUGGAGGUGGAUGGAAAUAAUGAAGAUAUUGAAGUUGGUAUUAGAAAUGGAACUGGGUUCCUAUCUAAACAUGAAAAUAAACGUUUGGCUGAUGGUUAUGGUCAUGUUUCUUUAACAACUUCUCCAAGUCCAUAUAAAAGAAGUUGGCAGGAUAAAGAAAGAAAUUCCCCAAAUGAAUUUGUAGACCUGAACCAGGAAUUACAGAAUCAUGAUAGUUCACAUCUGUUGGGUCAAGGUAACCUAGCUGCAUCACACUCCCUUUCAUGUGUAGGCAUUCCCAGACUCUCUCGUUCUACUCCAAACAGGGGGCUUAAUCAUCCCAGUUUGGAAACUCAAGCCGAUGUAAACAUUCGAAGGGUGCCUGAUACAGGAAGAAACUUGCUUGAUCCUUUUGCAGAUUCUAUACCAAGAUCUUCUGCAAUAUGUACACUGACAAAUAUAAAGUCAAGUAUCCAGUCCUCAUCAUCCUGUUUAGCUACAGACAUAGAAAAAAAUGGAAGGUCUUUAUUUAUGUCCGAAGACACCACUCAAAGGACCAACCUUUGUGUUCCAACAUACCAAUCAUUUGGUCACCUGUCUUCUAGGGAUUUGAUGAGUAGCAUAUGUUCCUCUGUUAACUUAAAGAAGCAAAGAGCAGUAUUCAGGGAUAAAUGCAUUGAUGAGGGUUUUGUUGGUUUGCCUCUUAAUUCACAAGGGGAACUUGUCCCAUUGCACUCAAGUGGGAAAGGAGGGUACCCACUGAAGAAGCAAAAUACAACAAUGGGGACUUCCAGUAUUUUCCCAAUGCACAAUUUCAUCCAGCCAAAGAGUAUAAUCGAUGACUCACAUGCGAAAGAGAUGCAUGUUGUUGAGUCAGCACUUACAAAAGACAGCUUAAAGUUGUUUCCUGAUAAGGCCUACCAAAGAGAGGACCCUAAGAUACCUUUACCAUCUAGGUUAGGUAUUACUGGACUCCCAAGUACUGGAAGCAGAGAACUUCACAGGAAUGAUUCAGUGAGGGGAAACAAUCAGUCAUCCCAUCGGUUGGAUUCAGACCUGAACCUCAUGAAUAUAUCUUGUCCAGGGUGCAUACAAUAUACUCCAACUCAGAAUCAAACUGGGAAGGAACAGGUUCAAGUAGAGGAGAAUCGGGAUUGUGGAUUUCUGCUUCCCACCCAACCAACAAUGCGAUUGAUGGGUAAAGAUGUCACAGUGGGCAUUCGUAACAAAGAAGUGCAAGGUUUUGAAGAUGGAAAGAUAUGGACAGACAAGGAAAUUAUAACAGAGCAACGUCCUGCCACUGUUGACUCCAGCAAUUCUUCUCUGAAUGGAAUUUUCCAGCAUGAGUUGAUUGUUCAUCCAGUGUCAGAAAAAUCAAAUGAAACUGUAACUUAUUCAUUAGAACCAAAGAGAAGCCCUGCCUCACAAAGUCUUUUUCAGGUGAAAGGACUAGAGCCUAGAUCUGCUCACUCAUACCCAGACUGGCAGACAUAUGUGACAUCACGAAAUGGAUUUUCCAUGAUCAGCAGGAGCCCAGGUGCACAACUGCAAAGCUUUCUCCAUCCUUUCCCUUCUCAGGCAUUGCCAAGUCAGACAGCUAAGUCCCUAGAUCCCUGUAUAUCUGGAACUGAACCUCUGAAAAUGCUCUCUCAGAUACCAGCUUCUGCACCUACUCCUUCCAAUGCUUGUCAGCAUAUGCUUUUAAAUGCUCAACUCAAGUGCAAACAGAGCCUGGAAUGUGGCACGGCAUCAGUUUUCCACUUUCCUUUCUCAAAUAAAGAAUCUGGAGAGUACUUGCAGCCAUCAUGUUCUCGAAAUUCUUCAAGGAGCCUGCCCCAAUGGCUAAUAAAUGCAACACAGCCAAAAGUGAGCUCCCUCACUUCUGCUCGGUUAUACCCUGAUAUAAGUGCUCAACAUCAUCCUUGCACCAUGCCUGGAACAAAUUUUGCAGCCAACCUUCCUCCUUAUAGCAGACCAAUUAUAUCUUAUUCUCAUAAUCCCAGUACUUCUCACCCCCAGAUGCAAAGUUCAUCUUCUCCACCUUCUUUAGCUUACCCUCCACUUAUGCCUGCUCCACCAGGGUACAGAUCUGCUUCUUUCAUGAACACAACUUCUAGAAACAGGAUUAAAAUCAAGGAUGGAAAAAGGCCAAAGCCUUUUCGUCCUAAAGGUCCUGACCAUGAAAAGAAAUCCAGAAAGAGGCCUGCUUCUAAAGCAGAUGAUUCAACAGAAGCCACAAAACGACCCCACUUAGAGAUGCAAGAGGAUGCAGGAUCUCUGAAAGGAUUGAAGGAAAGUGUAGAGUUCAAUUAUAGACAUUGUAAUAGAGAUGCAGCUGAAUCUGAUGCAUGCAAGGAGACGACAAGUGUUACUGGUCACUGCCCAUUGGAGAUUCAGGAAGAACACACAAUGUCAUCCGAUAAUUAUUUUAAACUGGAUGGUGUGUCAAGAUCAGGUCCCAUUAAAUUAAGUGCAGGAGCAAAGCACAUUCUGAAACCGAGUCAGAACAUGGAUCAAGAUAAUUCUAGACCAAUUCAUUCAACCAUACCUUUUGGAGUUGUUAAUACAUCUGGUAUUAUUCCAGAAUUUCAGAAGAAGUCAGCAGAGAUUUACAGGUUUUAGGAGUGGGGUUCCCUGUCAAAAAUGGAAGAGAAAUCCAAAUGCUGAGUGCACAUUAACAUGUGAUUCCAAUGGGAAAGCAAUUUUCUAAGUCCAUCUCUUCGAGCUCUUUCAUCAAGCUGUGCUGUUUGACCACUGUCAAAGUUCAAGUUAUCAAAUAUCUGUACUUAAUUAUGCUUUCAAAAUCAAGUUGUCUUAAUCAGGUAAACAGAUCCACCAAUCUCAGGAUUGUGGAACCCAUAAAAUGAUAGUUUAUGCGCAGGUACAUUGAUGUUUUUCUGAUAAUACAAUCUUCUUCAAGUUCAAAAUUCUUUGCCUAAAGCUGCUUGUGGCAGUUCCAUUAGAGGACAA